AUGAAAUUAAAAUUUAACAGCAACAAUGGCCGUAAAUCUAAUAGUUUAGUUAAAUUUGAAAGGUUAGCAGCUUUAUUGCUUGAAUUUGAAGGCGAUUUUCUCGAGGUAUCCAAGGGGGAUCAAACUACAAUUAGUGUAGAUCUUCAGAAAGAAGAAUUUAAGGUUUUGUGGGAAAAGGUAAGAGUUUCUUAUGAGACUUUUGCUACAAAUAACACAAUCGUAGAUUCCGAAGAAGAUUGUGAAGCGGCAAAAUAUCUGUACAAGGAAUGUAGAUUAGCAUACAUUACCAUUGCCGCACAAAUUUGUGAACUAUCACAAAGUUUUAUAAAUAAACCAGUUCUUUCGUCGACCCAAUGUAACGUCGGUUCAAAUAGUGCUUCGAACACUGUAGUGAAUCGGCCCACAAGCCAUAUUUUAAAUUUACCACCCUGCAAGAUAGAAGUUUUUAAAGGUGAUUAUAAGUCUUGGCCAACUUUUCGUGAUAUGUUCACAGCCAUUUAUAUUAACUGUGAGGAACUGACAGAUGUCCAAAGGUUAUGCUAUUUGCGACAAUUUACAAGUCUAGAAGCACAGGAUAUAGUUAGUGAUUCGGAUUGGACUAAUGAAGGCUUUAAUGUGGCUUGGGAGAAUUUAGUUGACACUUAUGAAAAUAAGAGAAUUUUAGUAAAUAAUCAACUAAAACAAUUGUAUAGUCUCACUCCUGUGAAAACAGAAUGUGCCAAAGACAUAAAACGUCUCCAAAGGGAAAUAAAAAAUUGUAUUUCUGUUCUUACUUUGAAUGGCGUCGAUAUUUCUGGAUGGGAUGCAAUUUUUGUAUUUUUUUGUUCGAUAAAUUUACCGGUCCUUUCUUUAUCAUUGUGGGAACAAUCGGUUAAAAAUAAAAAGGAAAUACCUAAAUGGAGCGAUUUAGAUGGCUUCUUAAAAGCUCGGUUUCAAUCAUUGGAAACUGUUUUUGACCUUAGGCAUUUUGAAAAUACGGAUAUAGGUAGAUUUAACUCGGGUUCGUCUUCUAAUAAGACUUUAAACAAAUUUGAGAAUCGUGCAGGAAUUAAAACAGGUUCAAGUAAUAAUAGCACGGGUACAAAAGUUAAGAGCUAUCAAGCAAAAGCGACCAGGAGAUCAUGUCCCUUGUGUUCUAAGGAUCAUUUGAUAAGAUUUUGUUCGAAAUUUGUUAACAUGAAUCCUGAAGAAAGAUUUUUGGCCGUAAAAAGACACAAUUUGUGCAUUAACUGUUUGAUCGAAGGCCACAAAUUACAAACCUGCAAAAGUAAUUUUAGUUGUUCAGUUUGCAAAUUAAAACAUAAUUCAAUGUUACAUAGGGAAGUUUCUGAAUCUUCUCCAACUGCAAAUAGUUCAAGCAGCCAAAAUAGCGGUCAAACAGCACAGCCUUCUACUAGUGUGCAAAAUUGUUUUGCUGCCACAUCAAAGCACAUUCUUUUGGGUACAGCGAUGGUAAAUAUUAUUUGUCGUGGUGAUAUUUUCACAGCAAGGGCUAUUAUAGAUCCUGGUUCGCAAUCGAGUUUUAUUUCCGAGAAAUUACAAAGAAAACUUAAUUUACCUACGAGAUCAACUAAUAUAGAAAUAUCUUCUCUAAAUAAUGCCGACCCAGGUCGUGCUGUUAAAGAAUGUGAGUUUACAUUAGGCUCUGUCGUUAAUAAUGGAUUUAAGUUAGAAAUGUCAGCUUUGAUAUUACCAAAAUUAACAGGAAAGUUACCAAAUAAAUCAGUAGAUAUUUCUAAUUUACGAUCUUCUUUGAACAUUCCCUUGGCCGAUCCGAAUUUCGGUACAAGUCGACCUAUUGAUAUUUUGAUUGGAUCUGACUUUUAUCCCAAGAUUAUGAUAGAUGGCUCUAGGCAAAAGAUUUUCGGAAAUUUAAUGGGUCACGAAACCUAUUUUGGUUGGGUUUUAAUUGGCUCUCUGGCAGAUAAGUCAGAAACAAGUUCAAAUAUUUGCUCUUUUUAUACUAAAAUAAGCCUAGAUAAGCAAUUGGAGAAAUUCUGGGAACUUGAAGAACCCCCACAGGUUUCAAGGUUAACACCUGAGGAUAAAUACUGUGAAGAGUUUUAUAAAAAAACUACAAUAAGAAAUAGUGAUGGUCGAUACGAAGUUUCAUUGCCUUUUAAGCCGCAAUUUAUGGUAGAUAAACAGCUUGGGCCUUCUCGAGAAAAAGCAAGUCGUCAGUUUUUGAGGAAUGAGAUUUCUCUUUUAAAGAAUCCUGAACUUAAAUCAGUUUAUGAUAAUGUUUUGUCGGAAUAUGAAGAACUAGGUCACAUGAUUCAGGUUGAUGAGACAGAUGUUUCUACAUCAUAUUAUCUACCACAUCAUGCGGUUUUCAAACCUGAAAGUUCUUCCACUAAAGUCAGAGUGGUUUUUAAUGCCUCAAGUCGAACUUCUUCGGGGUUAAGUCUGAAUGACAUGUUGUAUACAGGACCAAUCUUACAGAAUGAUCUGAUGUUGUUGAUUAUCAGAUGGAGGUUUUAUCGAUAUGUCUUUAACGGGGAUAUUGUAAAAAUGUAUCGUCAGAUACUUUUAGAUCCUAAACAAACCGCUUUUCAAAGAAUUGUUUUUCGGAAUAACCCUAAUAGCGAUUUGAAAGAUUUCGAAUUAAAGACUGUCACAUUUGGUCUCAACUGUGCUCCCUUUUUGGCAAUUAGGACUCUGCUUCAGUUAGCAGAUGACGUAGAGGAGAAAUUACCAUGGGCUUCUAAAAUUUUACGUCGCAUGAUGUACGUAGAUGAUGCUUUGGUGGGGACACAUGAAAUCUCUUUGGCGAUUACGGCUCGUGAUCAAUUAAUAUUGGCAUUAUCGUCAGCAGGAUUCUCAAUGAGAAAAUGGACAUCUAACGAUGAACGAAUUUUGCAAGGGUUACCAAGAGAUCAUUUGUUAAGGGAAGAUUUUUUGAAAAUAGAUGAUGAGAGUACAGCUAAAACUUUGGGAGUAAGAUGGAACGCUAAGGUUGAUCAAUUUUAUUUUGUAACAGCUCCGAUCACUCUGAAGGAAAAAUUUACCAAAAGAGAAGUUUUGUCUAUAAUUGCUCAGCUAUUUGAUCCAGCAGGUUGGUUGGGUCCUGUUGUUAUAAUUGCAAAGAUUUUGAUGCAACAAGUUUGGAGCGACAAAACUGAUUGGGAUGAAUAUUUAUCCGAGGCAAGUGGUCUAAAAUGGAAUCAAUUUCUUAGGGACUAUGGGUCCAUAGAUAAUAUACGAAUAUGUCGUUGGGUUGGAUUUAAACCUUCAACCAAAUUACAAGUACACGGUUUUUCUGACGCAUCUGAAAAAGCAUAUGGUGCUUGCGUUUAUGUUCGCCUAGAAGAUGAAGAUGGUUCUGUUCAGACUCACUUAUUGUUAGCUAAGUCAAAGGUAGCUCCUUUGAAAACAAUUUCCUUACCAAGAUUGGAACUUUGUGGCGCGUCGCUAUUGGCUGAUUUGCUUGAUACUGUUAGAAAAGAUUUGAAUUUUGAUGAAAAUAGAACAAAAGUUUUUACUUGGAGUGAUUCCAUGAUUGUUCUGGCAUGGUUACAGAAACCUCCGAGUUCUUGGACAACCUUCGUGGCCAAUAGAGUGUCAAAAAUAGUAGAGAAAAUUGGAAAAGAUUGCUGGAGACAUGUUAGUUCUAGUGACAAUCCUGCAGAUUUGUUGAGUAGAGGUGUUCGACCUCAAGACUUAGUUGAAAAUAAUCUUUGGUGGCACGGUCCGUCAUGGCUUUGCUCAGAUUCUGUUCUUUGGGAAGCGUAUUUGGAUAAGGACUUCGGUACUAAUGAGGAGCAAAGAGUUCAAAAGGUAUUUUUUUUAUAUUUUAAGUCUUAUUGUGAUUUGAUUGAAAAUUUCUCGUCUUAUCCUCGAGCAAUACGGGUAAUGGCGUAUGUAAUGCGAGGAAUAAAUGCAAUUUUUAAAAUAAAAGGGCCACGUUAUACGUCAAUAGAAAUCACAUCAGAAGAAAUGAACUCAGUUAAGGAAAGACUGAUGAUAAUUGCUCAGAAAGCCUUGUUUUCCAACGAAUAUUAUAAGUUAUCAAGAAAAGAGCCUAUUCUUGGUAGCAAAUUAUUGAAUUUGAAUCCUUUCAUAGAUGAAAAGGGUAUUAUUAGAGUUGGAGGUCGUUUGGCGAAUACACCAAAUUUAUCUUAUAAUGAGAAAUUUCCUAUUUUGUUGCCUUCGGAUUGUCAUUUGACUAUACUGCUUGUUAAUUUUAUUCAUAAAAUUACACUGCACGGAGGGAAUCAAUUAAUGCUGAGAGUCCUAAGGACAGAAUAUUUUAUUCCUCGAGCGAAAAAUUUGAUUAAAUCCGUUAUAGGGCGUUGUAAAAUUUGUACCAUACAAAAAAAGGCUAUACAAAAUCAGAUUAUGGCCGCUUUACCUAUGUCUCGCACAAUAAUUUCUCGUCCAUUUAAUAUCACUGGUGUAGAUUUUGCAGGACCUUUUGAUAUUCGAAAUUAUACUGGUCGCGCAUGUUUGAUAACGAAAGGUUACGUAUGCGUAUUUGUUUGUUUCGCUACCAAAGCAAUUCACUUGGAAGCAGUUAGUAGUUUGUCCACUCCUGCUUUCUUAGCGGCAUUUUCUAGAUUCGUGUCACGCCGCGGUUAUCCGAAAGAUGUAUACUCGGAUAAUGGAACUAAUUUUGUGGGUGCUUCUAGAGAAUUAAAAACUGAAUUUCGCAGUUUUCUUCGGGACAUAGGUUCAGAAGUAAACGUGGGAUAUGCACCUCAAGGCCUACAUUGGCAUUUUAAUCCCGCUAGCGCACCUCAUAUGGGGGGUCUUUGGGAGGCAGGGGUAAAAAGCUUCAAAUACCAUUUUCGCAGAAUUGCUGGCGGUUUGAAGUACACUUUCGAGGAAUUUUCAACAUUGUUGGCUCGUAUUGAAUCGUGCCUUAACUCGAGACCGUUGUGUCCAUUAAGUGAGAGUGCAGAUUGUUUGGACGUUCUCACACCGGGUCAUUUUCUGAUUGGCGGCCCGUUGUUAGCUCCACCAGAGCUUGAAAUUUCGGAAGCUCCUGUGUCUAUUAUAAAUCGAUGGCAAAGAGUUAAAGCUAUAAAUCAAAGAUUAUGUAUGAGGUGGAAAGAUGAAUAUUUAAAGGACUUACAAAAGCGUCACAAAUGGAAAUUUAUGCAAAGAAAUAUUGAAAUUGGUGAUAUGGUUGUUAUUCGUGAGGACAAUUUACCGACAAACGAAUGGCGUUUAGGUCGAGUACAAAAAGUCCACAUUGGUAAAGAUGGUCACGUCAGAGUUGUAGAAUUAAAAACUGCGCGUGGCUUAGUUACCAGACCAGUUGUGAAGCUUGUAGUUCUUCCAACUUAUUAG